AUGCAUAGCGUCCACGACGACGACGACGACCCCAUGGCCUCCGCCCUCUCCCCGGGCCCGCUCAGCGGCUCCGACGACUCAGACAACACGAUGAACGUCGACUCCGAGGUCGAUGUUGCCCGGCAAGAUCUGGACGCCGACGGCGAGUCCGACGACGAUGAUGUGCAGCCUCCUCCUCCCGCGAGCGGGUCCUCCUCCUACCAUAACAAGCGCGUGGUCAAGGAUGAAGACGAGUCGGGCUACGAUGAUGAAGCCGAGGAUCCCGCAGACGACGAGGAGGAUGCUUCCUAUGCAGAUGAGGAGUAUGGCGCACCGAAGAAGAAGGCCGUAAAGAAGAAGAAGGCUCCCUCGAAGCCCAAAGUCGCUCCUCGACCAGCCGUGGUGGAUUCCGACUCCGACUCAGAUUAUGGCUCACGAUCAAAGAAGAAGAAGAAGACUAGGAACCCGGGGGACGAGUUACGCGUCUCAAGUCGAGGGGUCAAAAUCCCCAACUACGUGGACGAUGUGCAAGACUUCGAGCAAUUUGAGGACGACGCGGAUGCAACAUCCUACAAGGAGGUCGCGACACCGCUGAAGGAGGAGGAUGAGAUAGAGAAUGUGCUCGGACACUGUCGAGAUGAAGGACAAGUGGAUGACUCGCAAGACGACUGGUACACGAACAUCCGCUUCCACAUCAAAUGGAAGAACUUUUCCCAUCUCCACAACACGGACGAAGUGUACGAGUUUUUGAAGAGAUUCAAGGGGUUGAAGCGCGUCGACAACUAUAUCAAGGCGUACAAGGUGGAGCAGGACAUCCUUGCCAAUAGGAAGCUGUCGCCAGAAGAACGAGAAACAAUCUUCCUUCGGCGCGAGCGCGACAAGGAGGAGCUCGAGCUACACAAGACUGUUGAGCGAGUCAUCGCCCAGCGAGAGGGCGACGGCGGGAUUGUCGAGUACUUCUGCAAAUGGAACGGUCUCAACUAUGAGCACUGUACAUGGGAGGCGCAGGAGGAGAUUCGGCCAAUUGCCAAAGAGCAGAUCGACGCGUUCCUCAACCGAGAAGCGGAGGGUAGAUUCCCCUUCAAGAGCACUCCUCAUCAGAGGAAUGCGCGUCCGCCGUUUCAGAAGAUCACAGAGGAUCCGCCAUACAUCGCAAAGACUGGAGGCCAGCUCAAGGACUUCCAGUUGACCGGUCUCAACUGGCUCGCAUAUCUAUGGAGCAAGGGCGAGAAUGGCAUUCUAGCAGACGAGAUGGGGCUCGGAAAGACGGUCCAAUCAGUGUCGUUCCUUUCGUAUCUCUUCCACGAGAAACGACAGUUUGGCCCAUUCCUUGUGAUUGUGCCGCUUUCGACAAUCACCGCGUGGCAAUCGCAAUUCCAGACAUGGGCCCCGGAUAUGCAUGUCAUCACCUACAUCGGCAGCGCAACCGCACGGGCCGUAGCCCGUCAGUAUGAAUUCGGGCCGUCCUCGAAGAAACUCCAGAUGAACGUGCUUUUAACAACAUACGAGAUUACGCUGCGAGAUGUGAAGGAACUUGGCGAGAUCAAGUGGCAGAUGCUGAUGGUCGACGAGGCCCAUCGCCUGAAGAACUCGGAAAGUCAGCUUUACGAGGCGUUGCGAGGCUUUGCUGCUGCGUCGAAGGUACUCAUCACUGGAACUCCGCUUCAGAACAACGUCAAAGAGCUUCUUUCAUUGAUGCACUUCCUCAUGCCGGAGAAGUUCCAACUGACCAACGAGUUUGACCUUGCCGACGCGGAUCAUGAGGUCAAGAUCAAGGAACUGCACAAGCAGUUGGAAAGCCUCAUGUUGCGGCGUUUGAAGCGCGAUGUAUUGACAUCGUUGCCCACGAAGAGCGAGCGCAUUCUUCGUGUGGAAAUGUCCGCCAUGCAAACUCACUUCUACAAGAACAUCCUCACGAAGAACUUCCAAGCGUUGAUCAAGAGCGCAAGCGGAAACAACAACAUCAGCUUGCUGAACAUCGCGAUGGAGUUGAAGAAGGCUGCCAAUCACCCUUAUCUCUUCGAUGGUGCCGAGCCUCAAUCGAACAACGACGAAGAGAUCCUCAAGGGUCUUGUGAUGAGCAGUGGGAAGAUGGUCCUCCUCGACAAGCUACUCGCGCGACUACGGGCAGACGGCCACCGCGUCCUUAUUUUCAGUCAAAUGGUUCGAAUACUCGACAUCAUGAGCGACUACAUGACCUUGCGUGGGUACCAGCAUCAGCGACUUGAUGGGACUAUCACCUCCGAGCAGCGCAAAAAGUCUAUCGCUCACUUCAACGCUCCCAACUCUCCUGAUUUCGCCUUCCUCCUCUCCACCCGUGCCGGUGGUCUCGGUAUCAACCUCGAAACGGCGGACACCGUCAUCAUCUUCGACAGCGACUGGAAUCCUCAAAACGACCUACAGGCGAUGGCCCGUGCACACCGUAUCGGGCAGAAGUCCCACGUCAGCGUGUACCGCUUCGUCAGCAAGGACACGAUGGAAGAGGAUGUUCUCGAGCGCGCGAAGAAGAAAAUGGUCCUCGAGUACGCUAUCAUCAAUCAGAUGGACACAUCACAAGCGCAUCUCAGUUCGAAGGGUGGCUCCAAAGACCCUACGAAGACCGAGACUCUCAGCAAGGAUGAGCUUACCGCAGUCCUGAAGUACGGCGCACAGAAGAUCUUCGAUAAAGACGACUCGCAACAAAGCAAGAAGCUCGACGAGAUGGACCUCGACGACAUCCUCAACCGCGCCGAGCAGCACGAAACCGUCGCCGCCUCGAACGAGGGCGCGUCGCUUGGCGGUGAGGGCUUCUUGGAGCAGUUCGCCAACAUAUCCGAUGUCAAGAACGAUAUGAACUGGGAGGACAUCAUCCCGCUCGAGGAGCGCCAGCGCUUCGAUCGUGAGGAGGACGAGCGCAAGGCAGAGGAGAUUGCGGCGUCAGAGACCAAGGACCGCAAACGGUCACACGCUCAAGUGUCAUAUGAGGGCAUGGACGUCGAGCAGUCGUCGUCAGCACCAGCGAAGAAGCCGAGGCAUCCUCCGCCGCAACGCAAGACCCCGAGCCAGAAGGCCAUGGAGCUCAAGGAGCGGGACGUCCGCGUACUUGUUCGCAGUCUGCAGAAGUGGGGCGAUAUCAGGCAGCGAUACGACAUCAUCGUUACCGAGGCGAAGCUCACCGAGAAGAACCGCGGCAUGAUCCAGGAGGUGUCGGACGACAUCAUCGAGCUCUGCGCACGGGCGGUCGAGGAGAACAACGUUGAGAAGCGUGCACGCAUGGAGGCUGGCGAAACCCUUACGAACGCGCAGAAGAGCAAGGCCGUGCUCGUCACGUUCCGGGGUGUCAACAACAUCAACGCCGAGACCGUCCUUUCACGACAUCGCGACCUGCAAAUCCUCUUCAAGUAUCUUGAGGCUCUCAGCGAUGAGGAUCAGUACUCUUGGACAAUCCCGAUCGAGAAUAUCAGGCCAACACUCAACUGGUCGGGCCGGUGGGGACCACAAGAGGACGCGAUGCUGCUCGUCGGCGCAUACAAGUACGGCUUCGGGAAUUGGGAAGCGAUGGCCAAAGACCCCCGUCUCGGGCUCGAGGGCAAGUUCUUCCUCGAGGAUGCCAAGAAAGGCGAAGAUGCGGCGAGCAAGCCCAUUCCCAACGCCAUCCACCUGGUGCGCCGUGGGGAUUACCUCCUCGGUAUCCUUCGCGAACACGAUGAGAAGAUUCGCGCGAUCGAGUCGAAUCUCACGCGUCGCGGACUCGCCAAGGCCAGCCUCUCCCCGCCACCACUCUCCUCCAUCGCAGCAGCAUCAAGCUCGUACGCGUCUGCCAUCCGACGGCGCGCCGAGAGCGAGGCGGUCGCGUCCGUGGACGAGGGAGCGAGCAAGAAGCGCAAACGGAGACCAACACCGACGUUCACCGACUCCUCGUCGUCCGACGAGUGCCCAUCGAUGGACGAAGCGGCAACGAAGGAGGAGCUGCGGCCGGUCAAGAAGCAUCUGAAGUGCUUGAAGCUCUCGGGAGGGGAGAUGCCGCGCGAGGAGAAGGUCGCCGUCCUGAAGGACUCCCUCGCGGCGAUCGGGAGGCGCAUAGAGUCCGUGCUGCAGCAGAAGGCGGCAGCAGGAGAAGAUGCAGUCAGAUGGAAGCGACAUCUGUGGACAUUCGUCACGCUGUUCUGGCCCAAGAAGGUCAAGGCAGCUAAGCUGGAGGAGAUCCACGCGAAGAUGGUCACCAAGGACGGAGUACGAGCCCCCUCAGCAGAAGGCACGUCCGCUGUCUCUAAGAAGCCCCGUCUAAGUAGUGCCGCCGCGAACGGUCGAGCAGGCGCGCCGUCCAACGCGUCCACAAGUUCGACCUUCACCAACGGAAAGCACCGAUAA